GCCCACGCCUGCGCGCCUAGCACAGGAGCAGAAAGAAACAGGAAGCUGCGAACUACACGGGCCUCGCGACUCGCGGGACGGGAGGAAGCCCUAGCCUUCGCCUUGCCCCUUUCCUCCACUUCCCCGCGCCUCCGCCUCCACCCCGCGCCUCCGCCACCGCCGCGGCGCCAUGUACCCGAGCCCGUACGCCGGCUCCGGCGCAGGCGCCGGAGGGAAGAUCCGGCGGCGCCCGCCGACCCGCGCCGCCUCCACGCCCUACGAGCGGCCCCCCGCCGCCGCCGCCGCGCACCGCCUCGCGGCCGCUGCCGCAGCGGCGUCCGCAUCCUCGGGGCCGGGCGGGGAGGGCGGGAGCGGCGGCUGGGUGUCCCGGCUCGUGGACCCGGCCUCCCGCCUCAUCGCUGGCGGCGCCGCGCGGCUCUUCGGCUCGGUGUUCCGCAAGCGCCUCGCCCCGCCGCCGGCCCCGUCGCCGCAAUUGUCGUCGCCUCACGGAAGAAAUAAUGAUCCAACACAAGACUUCCCUGAUUCAACUAACGUUGAUUCGCCUCCACUCCCUGAGGGUGGAAUGGAUAAAGGGAAGAACAUAGCCGCCACAUCAGAUGACAAAGCAUUGUCUGAAGUAGAGCACUUGUUAAUGCGGAAAACAUUCACUAGGGUUGAGUUCGAUCGUCUUACAGACUUGUUGCGUGCAAGAACCAUUGAGCCUGAUCCACCUACAUCUAUUGUUUCCCGCGAGGAAAAGAAUGAAGGUAUCAGAAUUGAUGGAAUAGGAGGCUCCACUUCACACCAGAUGGCUGCAGAAUCUCCGACUGUUAAAGUACAUAGUCAUGGUGCUAGGUCUCCUGCAGAACUCGCCAAACAAUAUAUGAGCUCCCGUUAUUCGAGGGGACCCCCAUCAAGUAGUCUGCGAAGCCGAUUGUUUCUUGAGAACAAAGGUGAAGCAAGCAACAAUGCCUAUGAUAGGAGACCUGAACCACCAAUUGUUCAGGCACCGAUCGAAUUUGGGAAUGAAAACCCUGGGCUCCCUGUUAAUGGCUAUGGGACUUCGGGAUUACGGGGGCGGUCAGCGAUAUAUAGAAUGUCCCGCUCUCCUUAUUUUAAGGGUUCGAGCUCUAGUGAUGUGAACACAUUUUCAUUGUCCCAACGAGCACAAAGUUCGCAUAUCGGUGGCAGGCAGGUCUUAAAACGACGAGGGGGUGACUUAGAGAAUGAAGUUGGAUCUAUAGGUCCCAUUCGUAGAAUUCGGCAGAAGUCAAAUAUGAUGUCUCCUUUUAGAGAUGCUCGUGCAAUUUCUCGAGGAAACCUUCUUACUAGCCGUACAAGUGGUUCUGAUUUCACUGAAGACAGCACAUCCAUCCAGGAAUCUCCGAGCUCAAAAAGGCUAUUGCUUGGAACAACAUCUGCGAGACCCCUAGAAUCCCAUAAGAAUGGAGAUAGUAAACCUAGUGAUAGCGCUCCAUCCGUACCAGCUCAAUCAAACAAAAUGGCAGAGAAGAUAUUUGAGCAGCUUAAUAUAAUAGCUCCAUCUCCUAAAGAGAAGCAGUCUGGACAGAAAUCUGUAACUGGUAAUACUAGUAAUUCAAUGUCGAAGAAACCUGUUUUGCAAGAUACUGGGCCAAGCAGUAUGUAUGACCCAUCUAGUUCCCUGAAAUUUCAAGAUUUUGAUGGUACAAAUGGACCCCUUGACCCAGACUUGAAUGGUUCUCUGUUGAAGAAAGACAAGCUAAAUAUGAUAGUAGGUGAAUCAUCAAAAGUUGUUUCGUCUGAUAAACCUACCUUUUUAGGGAACUCAGUUUCUGCUUCUACAUCACGGAAACCAGGCUUUAAAAUGGCUGUGAUAGAGGACUUGCCAGAGUUGGAUGAUGAUCUGGAGGUCCCCAUUCCCUCCAAGAGUCUAUCAAGUAAGGUAGAGGUUAAAACAACUGAGCAGAAAUCUGACCCAACUAGAAAAGAGCAGAAAAUUGAACAAAAUAUAUUGGUUGAAUCAAACUUAAUGAAGAAGAAGAACGCUGUUGGUUCUCCGGUUAGUGAGCAGCCUGUAGCAUCAUUAUCUAAAACUGUCUCUUCAUCUGGUGGUUUGCUUUCAUCAAAUGAUCCUGGAAAAGCAGUUCCCAAUGCUUCUGUGGAUAACAACGCUGGUUUUGCAUUCUCAAAUGCGCCUCCUGGCACCCGUCCUGCAACUAGUGUGUCAGCAAUGCCGCUUGCUUCAGUUAAUGACGACAAACAGAUGGUUGCUUCAAAUACUAGUGUUGGCCUCAAGCAGUCUAUUGCACCAGAUUUGGAAACACCAAAUGUUAAAAACAAAUCAACAUUUGGGCAGAGUGUCACCAAGCUCACAACAUUGGACAGCACUAGUUCUGACAGAGCUGAUAAAACAGAAAAAGCGGAAGAUGUCAUUAAAUCAUCAGACAAGAUGGUGCCAGCAACCGCAUCAACAACACUGAAUGCCCCUCUCCAUUUUGGUUCUGCUGCAUUUACUUCUGCGAGCCUGAGCAAUGGCUUUUCAAACUCUUCAUCACCAAAGCUCCCAAUUGUCCCACCUACUGAUAAACCUGCUGUCAGCUCAGCUGCUUCCACCAUGUUUGCUGUGUCCAGUAGCAGUCCAGCUAUUUCAUCGUCAUCAUCAUCUCCAGCAUUUGCAGCAUUUAAUUUUUCUUCCAGUACUUCUGUUGGCUUUUCAAUGGUACCAUCAGCUAAAUCAGAUGGCACAACUGCCGAGGUAAAGCCAGCUAGCACCUUAUCAUUUGGGACAGGAGGUGCUGCAGAUGAAGUGAAAUCUACAGUCCCAGAUUCAGCCAGCAAGCCAUCAUCAAAACUUCUUGCUUCACCUAUUUCAAGUUCUCCGGUCACAUCUGUGCCUACUUUCUCUCAAGUUACAGCUUCAAGUGAUGCUGCAGGCGCUGCAACGGCUGCACCAUCUAAUACUUCCACUGCUCCUGGUGUUCAGGCUACUUCAACCACACCAUUCACAUUCCCAAGCUCCGGAAACAGCCUUUUUGGGUUCAGCUCGCCAGCCCAAUCUACUGGCCUCAGCACAUCAUCGGUUACUAGCUCUACCUCUCAACCAUCUGCUGCUAGCACACUCUUUGGUAGUAAGCCGACGCAGACAGAGGACAAAAUGCAACAACCAUCCCAGAGUCCAAAACCACAAUUUGGCUCACCAUUCCCGUCCGUGACUCCUGGUGUUGGAGCUUCCUCAUCUGGAUCUGGGACCUUCUCUUUUGGAAUUGGAGUUUCUUCGACUGGUUCCGGGACCAUGUCUUUUGGUGUUGGAGCUUCAUCAUCAACACCUGGAACUCCAUCAGCUUUCGGGGCAGCAGCUCCCUCAUCAGGACCUGGUAUUUUCUCUUUUGGGGCAGGAUCUUCCUCAUCAGGAUCUGGGACUGUUCCCUUUGGAGUUGGAGCUGCCUCAUCUGGACCUGGGACCGUGUCUUUUGGAGCAGGAGCUGCCUCAUCUGGACCUGGGGCCAUGUCUUUUGGAGCAGGAGCUGCCUCAUCUGGACCUGGGACCGUGUCUUUUGGAGCAGGAGCCUCCUCAUCUGGACCUGGGACCGUGUCUUUUGGAGCAGGAGCCUCCUCAUCUGGACCUGGGACCGUGUCUUUUGGAGCAGGAGCUUCCUCAUCUGGACCUGGAACUGUCUCGUUUGGAGCAACAACAUCCACAUCGGGAUCCGGAUUUGGCAAUUCACCAUUUGGAGCUGGAGCUACAUUUGCGAACCCAUUCAGCUCCAGCUCAGGUACUGGGUUUACAUUUUCUUCAGCUAGCUCUUCUGCUGGUGCAUCAACAGUGGCCAGUACAAGUGUAUUUGCCAGCACCUCCGCAGCUUCAUCAGCCUCCACUUUCAGCAACCCUUUCAGCUCAAGUUCAUCCCCUCCAAGCACAUUUACGUUUGGGCAAUCAGCCUCUUCAGGCAGUGCUUUUGCAUUUGGAGCGCAGCCAGCUCCAACUUUCUCAUCUCAACCUUCUGUUUUCUCAUUUACCUCAGCAAACACAAGCAUGAACUCGUCUACUCCUCAGCCUCCAUUUGGAAUGACAAAUACAAACACGGCCUUUGGCAUGGGCUCCCCCGGAAAUGAUCAGAUGAAUGAAGACAGCAUGGCAGAUGACACGAACCAACCAGCACCAGCACCGAUAUUUGGUUCACCCUUUGGACAGCAGAAUAGUACACCUGCUGCCCCGGCAUUUGGCGCUCCUGCAGUCCAGCCAGGUGGAGCUUUUCAGUUCGGGGGCCAACAACAAGCAGCGCAGCAGAAUCCGUCCUUCCCAGCUGCCGGCAGUCUAGAGUUUCAGGGUGGGAAUUUCUCAUUGGGCAGCGGCGGCGGCGGCGGUGACAAGUCGAACAGAAGAAUGAUCAAGGUCAAAAGGGUACCUAAGAAGAGAUUCCGCGGUCGGCCCCGGCCCACCGCGAUGGGGAACACGUGCGUCGGCCCCAGCAUCACCAAGAACGGCUUCUUCCAGUCCGUCUCCACCGUGCUGUGGAAGGCGCCGCAGGACGGCGACGCGCUGCCCGCCGCGGCCAAUGGUCCCUCCGGCGGCAGCCCGGGCCGAUCGCCGCCGCCGGCGCUGCCGAAGCCGGCGUCCGACGUGCAGGUCAUGGUGCAGAGCAAGGCGCCUGAGCCCGUCAAGAUCGCCACCUCCCAGUCGGAGCCGGCGCCCAAGCCCGCGAAGCAGGACGCCAAGCCGGCCGCCGCCCCCGCCGCUGCCGCCAACCCCAGCUCCAACUCAUCCGGCGAGGCGCCCAGGCCGCGGCCCAAGGUGCCGCAGGUGAAGCGCGUGUCCAGCGCCGGGCUGCUCGUCGGCUCCGUGCUCAAGCGCAAGACGGAGAACCUCAAGGACAAGUACAGCCUGGGGCGCCGGCUCGGGCAGGGCCAGUUCGGCACCACGUACCUCUGCGUGGAGCGGAGCACGGGGAAGGAGUUCGCGUGCAAGUCCAUCCUCAAGCGGAAGCUCGUCACCGACGACGACGUCGAGGACGUGCGCCGGGAGAUCCAGAUAAUGUACCACCUGGCCGGGCACCCCAACGUGAUCUCCAUCCGCGGCGCCUACGAGGACGCCGUGGCCGUGCACCUAGUCAUGGAGCUCUGCGCCGGCGGCGAGCUGUUCGACAGGAUCGUGCAGAGGGGGCACUACACCGAGCGGAAGGCCGCCGAGCUCGCCAGGGUCAUCGUCGGCGUCGUCGAGGUGUGCCACUCCAUGGGCGUCAUGCAUCGGGAUCUCAAGCCAGAGAACUUUCUCUUCGUUGACCAGAAGGAGGAGGCCGCUCUCAAGACAAUUGACUUUGGUCUCUCCAUUUUCUUUCGGCCUGGUCAAAUAUUUACGGAUGUUGUCGGUAGCCCUUACUAUGUCGCACCAGAGGUCCUCAAGAAGAAAUAUGGCCCCGAGGCAGAUGUUUGGAGUGCUGGUGUAAUCAUUUACAUCUUGCUUUGUGGUGUGCCACCAUUCUGGGCAGAGAACGAGCAAGGUAUAUUUGAAGAGGUUUUACAUGGGAAACUUGAUUUUGAGUCAGAGCCUUGGCCUAGCAUCUCUGAAGGCGCCAAAGAUCUUGUGAGACGAAUGCUUAUUAGGGACCCAAAGAAGAGACUGACUGCUCAUGAAGUUCUACGGCAUCCAUGGGUCCAGGUUGGUGGCCUGGCUCCUGAUAAGCCGUUGGAUUCUGCUGUUCUGUCCCGUAUGAAACAGUUCUCAGCUAUGAAUAAGCUGAAAAAGAUGGCUCUUAGGGUGAUUGCCGAGAACCUAUCCGAGGACGAGAUCGCCGGCCUGAAAGAAAUGUUCAAGAUGAUAGACACAGACAACAGUGGGUCCAUCACCUUCGAAGAGCUGAAGGUCGGCUUGAAAAAGGUUGGCGCCAAUCUCCAGGAGUCCGAGAUCCAGGCGCUCAUGCAAGCAGCGGACGUGGAUAACAGCGGCACGAUCGACUACGGCGAGUUCAUCGCGGCGACGCUGCACCUGAACAAGGUGGAGCGGGAGGACCACCUGUUCGCGGCGUUCCAGUACUUCGACAAGGACGGCAGCGGGUACAUCACCGCCGACGAGCUGCAGCUGGCGUGCGAGGAGUUCGGGCUGGGCGACGUGAAGCUCGAGGACAUGAUCGGGGAGGUCGACCAGGACAACGACGGGCGCAUAGACUACAACGAGUUCGUGGCCAUGAUGCAGAAGCCCACGCUGGGGCUCCCCAAGAAGGCCGGCGGCCUGCAGAACAGCUUCAGCAUCGGCUUCAGGGAGGCCUUGAGAAUAUAAUAUAUAGCAUCGAGGAUAUCAUAGCCGGAGAGAGUUCUGCUACUGCUUGUAGAUUGGAGUGCCGACUGGAGAGAGUACAGUACAGCUGCUGUAGAGAUGGGUGGUGAGGCGAUUGGUUUCGUAGUAGGACUGGUAGGAGCAGCGGCGACGGGAGGCAGCCGUGGACAUGGGCCGCAGCCCACGGCCCACAUGUCACUCCUGAAUCGGGGUCGAUUGUUUGAUCACGUACGUGUGAAAGAAGAAAGUACAGACGGUUUUGUUUUCA